UCAGGCGCAGAAUCACGCUUCGCCUGGCCCAUGAUUACUUGCGUAUCGUCGAUUUUUCGGCUUUUAUCACGAAGCGAAACGUCUGGAAAUUCAAAUAGGAUUCGGUAACUAUCAUUACUGCUGCUACUGCUCACGCUCACCUUAUUCGUAUUCAUCCCUUGUCGUUACGUACAUAUGUAUUUUUAUGAGAAGUUGAAGAACAAAUACUCGACACAGCAGGUGUAUCAUCCCUAAUUCGUAAUCAACGAUAAAACAAUGUCCGUUUCCUUCCACAUCCGUUUGAUUAUUUACGAAUCGUCAAUCACCUAUCACGAUUUAUUUCAGAUAUCGAGAAAAUGACAAGUUUUUAAUGGGAACCUGCUUAACAUAGCGAAACAGUUCAUUUAGUUGUUCGUGUAUCGCACACAACUCUCCUUGUGUAUCGUCAAACUCGUAUAGCCGUAUUUUAUUAUAAGCAAGUAUUUAUGUCUUCGACCCGCAAGUAGGAAUAGGAUUUCCAAAAAAUGGCAUCCACGAUGUUGGUUAAAUUACCAACUGUACCAUUUCCCCAAGGAAAGAAGUCACCCUCGGAUAUAGUAGCAUUAACGGAGAGAAACGAUGGCAUAAACCAAAAUGCGAGGCAUCAAGCCAUAAAUCUCGACAGAGUAGCUCAACUGGAACAAAAUAUGAAAUUUUUACAAGAACAACAUCAGGCAACUUUGGUAGCCUUGCACCAAGAAGUCGAAUCGUUGCGCCAGAAGAAUAGAGACUUACAGUUUCAAUUGGUAUUCUCGAAAGGAUCCACUUAUGUACCUAGCAGUCCUUCUUCUCCCGAAGACAAUGGAACUGGGUUUGCAAAACAAAAGGGUAGCCCAAUAUGCGUAAACAUAACUCCGCUACAAGUAGAACUUUUGGAGAAGGAACUACAAGACACCAAGUUAUCUCUACAAGAGGCUAAAACCCAGAAUCAGCAAUUAACCGAGAUUGUCGAAGAGCAAAAACAGUUAGUCAUGACCGGCGCCAGUGAAACCGAAUCGUUAGAAGAACGUUCGACGAAACCCGUUUGUUACAGGAAAGCUAGUUGUACGGAAGAACGAACGACGACCAAGGAGGCUACGGUGGACGUGGGGAUCCAGGUAGGGGAUAGACUGGACCCUGUUCGAGCGGAUUUAGUCGCGUGCUUGGAUGGCGCGGAGGCGAUGAUAAAACGCUUGCGCGCACAGAACGAUGAUCAGAAAGAAGAGAUCGCGAGGCUGAAAGCAGCUUCAACGAGUGCCAAUGGUAAUAAAGGAGCUCGAUCACGCGACAGUAAUACUAGUCGUCAUAGUCGCGGAUCGCCUACGGAUAGCUCGCAAGAACAAACUCCUCAUGUAUUCCCACCAUUACAGAAUCAAAGGCACUGGCAUCAUAGAUCCUUAAGAAAUGGAAGAAAUCGGCACUACAAGUCGAUGGAGGUGGAUUCAUUACCGCAACUUCAAAACGGCAACGCGAAACAGGAUGGAGGGAUGCCUUUCGAAUCGAUGUGCUAUCGAUCCCGUGGUCAUCGUAAUUAUUAUCGCGACGAAGGUAAUCAAAAAUAUCGAGGGAAAGGUUCACAAACGGAUCACAAGGACAGCGAUAACAACCAUCAUCACCACCAUCAUAACAAUCAUCAUUAUCGACGAGACUACAAGGAGAGAAGUACUAAAAAUCAUUCAAAGGAAUUUACUGAUAAAACGGAAAAAUUAAGGGAAACCGAUAACUCCACCGCCAGUAAAUCAUAAGAUGACAGGCGUUCGCGCACACCCACACAAAUAGUAGCGUUCGUUCUGUUUUUUACCCGCAUAUAGACGAUUUACAAGAACGAAGUCUCGACAGUAUCAUACGUAUUCGUUAACGAAGGAGUCAUCCACGUUUUUCUUAUAUUCGCUUGAAUAACAUAGCCAAGUACUACACGCGUACCGCUUCGAGUAGGAUAGUUUUAACAUAAAAUUACAUCAUUUUUAAUGUACAAAUCUAGUCCGAUUUUACUCAUCGUAGAUUAGCUCAUAGAUUAUUAGCAUAAAGGUAUAUUGUUCAUGCUUUAACAAGAUCAAAAACAUAUUAGCUCGUACGGUUAUUCCAUGCACGGCCCGCGAGGUCUUAUUAUCCGUGAAAAAAAAUUAAUCGCAAGUGUAACGAGAACGACGACGAAGAUCAGUAAAAGUAAUAAAAUUGUAACAACGUUAAUGACAAAAAUACGAGACACUGAUUAAGAAAUGCUAUCGAUAUUUACGCGAUAAAAGUACUACCAUUGCAGUUUCUCUAUCAAAUAAUCGAAAUUUAAAGUAACAUAUACGUACGUAUGUAUACGCAUAUUGUGCGUGCAGUGCGGUACUUAAUACUUGGGUAUUGUAUAGGUAAAUGUAUGUAUCUACAUUUAUUCUGCGAUGUUUCGGAAUUAAGUGAUCGAUCGUAACGGUAUUAGUCGUUCGUUGCGAAUUUAUUAUUUUUUAACGCUAGCCGUGAUAUUUACAAGUUUGAUCGUAAUUUGAUUCGUGUGUUAAAUGUCAGCUGAUGUCAGCUUUCGCAGAAAUGCAACCUGUACCUAUAUAUAUGUCUGUCAGCUUCUGAGUUUGUCAACUUUCACGAACCACUGCUUAAAUUAAAGCCGAAUAUCCAAAGAA